UUUUUGUACUGCGUAAAAUAGCAUUGGCGGUGGUUGUGUGGCAAUGGCUGACUCGCUGACUCAAACUGUUGUUAUUUUUUUAAGAAAAACUACUAGUAAUUACUGGUAAAUUAGUUCGAUUCGUUGAGUUUAUCUUAUCUUAAUAUUGAGACAUAAUUGAUACCGUGUUAUCAAGGGAGGAUCCUACCUUGUUCUGAGUUUUAUUCUUCGAAUUUGCACUAACUACGAGUCGAAAAUGGGGCGAAUGAAAUUCAAGAUCAAGAUCGCUCAGCCGUCCUUGUUUUCACAUCUGACGACCGUUAAUCCCAUAAAAACUGAUGACUUUAUCUUCCGGAUUCACUACAAGUUCACCUUUCUCAUCAUUCUGUUUGUUUACACGAUAUACUGCAAAACUUUGUGGAAAUACGACAUCCUAAGUUGUAGCAAUUCGGCAGCUGGAAAAAGCAAUGAAAUCGCAUCCACCUUUUGCUUCGCCACGUCCGUCUACUCGGUCACUUUGGAUAAUAACGAGGAUAAGAAGACUGGAAGAUACCCAGGUGUAAUUGGAUUCGAGGACUUGGACCGGAAAGAGAACGUCCGAUACCACAAAUACUAUCAAUUCACGCCCUUCAUUCUUCUCGUCCAGAUCAUCAUCCUAAUCACCCCUCGCUAUCUGUGGCGCUGUUAUGAAGAUGGAAAAAUUGCCAUGUUUUGUGAAGGCAUUUCUGGCAAGGAUGGUGGCCCAGUACUGGAUAAAGGUGGCGAACCUUAUAAGCGAAGAAGAAAAUGGCUUGGAGAGUAUUUCGUCGGAUCGUUGGGGCACAACAACCCCUAUGCGUUCUUCUAUGCGGGGUGUGAAAUGUUGAACAUGGUGAGUGUCGUGUUCCAGUUGUACUUUUUGGAUGUGGCGACAGGAAACGUGUUCUCGACCCAUGGACUUGGUCCGAUUGUAAAGAAUCUUCUUCAGAGUGGGGGAAAAGAUGAUCCUCUCAGUUUUGGAUUUCCCCUUGUGGCCAAAUGCACAUAUUCAUAUUAUGGACCUAGUGGAAAUAUUAUUCCACACUCGGCCGUUUGCACGCUUCCACUCAACCUUGUUACAAAGAUAUAUAUUGGCUGGUUUUGGGUGUAUUUGAUCUUCUUGGCCGGACUUAAUACCCUCAACUUGAUCUACCGUGUAGCCGCCAUUGGAUCUUACCAAGUUCGACUACGAGCCCUGAGGGAGUACGCUCUCUUGUCGAAAUCCGACCUGCGUUACAUUAUGAAGAAAUGUGUGUACGGAGACUGGUUCAUUCUCACCUUACUGGCCGAAAAUUUGGAUCCCGAAGUGUUCGUUGAUAUUAUGAAUGAAGUUGUAUACAACUUACAACUCGAUAAGGUCAAUGCCUAAUGAUUUUUUACGAAUUUUAUUCCAUUUACUAGUUUUCAAUCAUAUAAACUACUUUAAUUAAUUACGUAGUUCAUUGUUCAUUAGUUGUUGAAAAAGUUGUAUUUUGGAAUAGAGCAGAAUAGCAAUAAUUAGCAAUUUAUUGUCAUCAUUUUAAUACAUUUUCAUUUGCCUCAUUUUUUAAAUCAAUCGUAGUUCGUUAAAGUUUGAACCAACCAAUUACUAGAAUAAAUACUAGAUUAUUCACGAUAAAA